GCGGCGGUCGUGAAGGGCAUCGGCGGCGGCGGUGAUGGCAGAGCUGAUCUGAAGAUGGAAAGAGCCAGGCGAAGGGGAGGUGGCGGCGGCGGCGGCCGCGGCCGCGGAGGCAAGAAUGUAGGGGGCUCUGGCCUAAGCAAGAGUAGACUCUAUCCCCAGGCCCAGCACUCCCACUACCCCCACUACGCAGCUUCAGCCACCCCUAAUCAGGCGGGGGGCGUAGCCGAAAUCCAGGAGCUGGCCUCCAAACGAGUGGACAUCCAGAAAAAGAGGUUUUACCUAGACGUGAAGCAAAGCUCCCGGGGCCGAUUUCUCAAGAUAGCCGAAGUCUGGAUAGGGAGAGGCCGGCAGGACAAUAUCAGAAAGAGUAAACUGACCCUCUCUCUGUCUGUGGCAGCGGAGCUGAAGGAUUGUCUAGGGGACUUCAUUGAGCACUACGCCCACCUGGGCCUGAAAGGCCACCGGCAGGAGCUUGGCCACAGCAAAGAGCAAAGCUCCAGGAGGAGACAGAAGCACUCGGCACCCUCCCCGCCAGUCUCAGUGGGAUCCGAAGAGCACCCCCUCAGUGUCCUCAAAACGGACUAUAUAGAGAGGGACAAUAGGAAAUAUUAUCUAGACCUAAAGGAAAAUCAACGAGGACGGUUCCUAAGGAUUAGACAGACCAUGAUGCGGGGGUCUGGCAUGAUAGGUUAUUUUGGCCACAGUUUGGGCCAAGAGCAGACUAUUGUCCUCCCAGCUCAAGGAAUGAUUGAAUUUCGUGAUGCCUUGGUUCAGCUAAUUGAAGAUUAUGGCGAAGGGGACAUAGAAGAACGAAGAGGUGGAGACGAUGACCCACUUGAACUCCCAGAGGGGACUUCUUUCAGAGUGGACAAUAAAAGGUUCUACUUUGAUGUGGGCUCUAAUAAAUAUGGCAUUUUCCUGAAGGUAAGUGAGGUGAGGCCACCUUACCGUAAUACUAUUACUGUUCCAUUCAAAGCAUGGACAAGGUUUGGGGAAAAUUUUAUCAAGUAUGAAGAAGAGAUGAGGAAAAUUUGCAACAGCCAUAAAGAAAAGAGAAUGGAUGGCAGAAGGGCCAGUGGUGAAGAACAAGAAUGCCUCGACUAGCGUGAAAUUGAACUCCAUCAGGCAAAAUUUUAAAUCCUAAAUUGGCUAUAAAUACUGAUCCAUAAUCAUUUGAAGAAGUUUUUCCUCAUUUUUGGCCCUUUGUUUUUAGUAAUACCUCUAGUAAAAUUUACUUCACGGAGUUUGAUGCUAAUGUUAUGCUAUACAUAGAUGACUAUAAUUUUUAUGGGAAUUCCAACCUUCCCAGAGCUAAAUAGUUUAGCUGCUUCAACUGCUCCAGACUAUUGAAGUAUGCAGAUCAGCACAAAAUGUGACAUUCUAACCUUCUAAAUACAAUAAGAUUUACAUUGCACUAUGACAUAGUCCUGAAAAAGAUACGUAUUUAAUAUGAAAGUGUGAAUUUUUAUUUAACAAGUUCCCAAAAAAGAAUUCCAUUCCUAGUUCAUUAAAAGCUGCUAAGUUUAACUGUAGGACCGUUGCCACAGAAACAGAAAUUGACUUUAAGCAUACUAUAAAUGUAUUUACUUACAAAAAUGCAAGUAGAAGUAAUUGUCUGUUGGAUAACUGAAUUUUAAACAGUAUCAUUAAAGGAUCAAAUCUUAUUAGGUAAUUCAACCUUAAAAAUGCAGUGUUAUAAUAUUUAAGAGUUACUAUAGUAUUUUAUAAUUUCAAAUUUUGUGGUAACCCUACAGUUUAUAAUUGCCAUAUCAAAGCCAUGGGAGAGUUUUAGUUGGUUAUUCUAAGCUAGUUCAAGGCCAUCUUCACCUCUACUUAUUGUACCAUAUACUUGUAUUGACUUUCCACAGUUUCAGGAAUUGUUUUAUGUCACAUGUUGGGAGGCUUCAUCCUAUGGCUUUGUUAUGGAAAUCUUAAUGUUUUAGCUUUUCGUGCUAAUUUCAUGCUAGCUUGUGAGAUUUUUUUUUCCCAAAAUAUAUCAUGGAUUCAAGGUGUUGUUUUUUUAUGCUUCCUCUUUAGGACUAUUUCAGAGGGGUUGGUGCACCAGUUAACUGAUAUAAAAAUACAUCUGUAAUAAUAUAUUUUAGUAGCACUUUUGCAAAUGCUACCCUUAAAACUGUGUCAACACUUCCAAUAUAAACCUGACUUUUACAGGUAUUAUAAUUCCAGAAAAAGCAUUUUAUUUUUCUGAAAAGCAUUUAAAGUACAAAUUUUCAGGCUGGGAAAAAUAUUAUUUGAAGAUUGGUUAUAGACAUAUUUGAAAGGAAAAUUCAGGCAUUUUCCAAGGUGCUGUUUAUGAUACUUAGAGCUUUACAUUACACAAGAGUCACCCAUUUACCUGUAUUAAACAUGACUUUCCAGAAACUGCCAACAAUAAUUUUUCAUUACCUAUACACUUUUUUAAACAAGUGGAUAUAGUGUAUAUGUGUACCAACCCAACCUAUAAUAACUGACUGAAAUUUCAUCUGUUGAGCUACAUUUUAUUCUGAAUGAAAUUAUAGUCUUUUAUCUUGGCUUUAGUCACCACCUACACAGUAAGUCCAUGUUAUCAUGCUUAAGAGCCAGACACUGAUUUCAACCCCCAAAUAUAGCUCUCGUUGAUGAGAGUUGGCUGCAUGGAUUGAGAUCAGAAUGUAGCUCCCCUUUUCUAUAAGUAAUUCAAAAUUAUUUUAACAAAUUUUUUUCUUCCAGAGGUUUCCUCAAAUACAUUGCAGAUUGUAUUUCACAUUUCCUCAGAUAGUAUGAAGGCAUCUCGUUAGUUGAUUAUAAGUGUGGACCAUCUGGAUCACUAUGGAACAACUGAAGGUUAGAAGAUAAUGUUAGUAGUGGAGUUAAUAGCAAAUGGUGGAUGUUGAGACUCUAAAAGUAGCAAGGCUUUUUAAACAGUCCUAACUGUAAAAUAACUAUGUAGGCUUGCUACAAUAACUAUGUAGGCUUUUCGUACAUGAAGGAGUGGUGUGCACUUGAAUUACUGUACUACUGAUUGUUAUUGCUGCCCCUCAUAGUGCCUGUUAAUGAUAAUCAACCUGUCUGAUUUGGGCACAUUGGAGCUGUGAAUGAAUAGUCCAGUAUUUGAUUGUUCUAUCACUAUUACUGUGACUAUAUACUGUCUCAUAUCUUCCUCUCCAGAAUAUUUAUUUCAGUUAGUUCUAAGUGAUUUCUUUUUUGAUUUUUAAUCUAAGAUUUGAGUGUGUGUGUGUCUACGUGUAUACACACGUACAUAAAUAUGUACAUACAUACACUGUCACACUUAAAGAUAGAUAUCUUUAAUUCAUUAUAUAUAAAUAUUGUUUAAUUUUACAUUAAUUAUUUAAGUAAGGAAUUUAGUUAAGCAGCCAAAUUUCUACCUUGUAUGUAUACUUCAAAGUUUUUGCCAUCUCAAGGCUGCAGAUUGGAUAGAUGCAUAUGUACUGGCAAUUGAAUACACUCUAGAAUCAAUAGGCCAUCUGCCAGUCCUUUUGUUUCAUUUUUCCAUAGUUAAUGUAUAAUUCAUGGAAAAGUAAAAUGAUGCUAUGAUUUUUUGAUACUGAAAAUUCCUGACCAUUCAUUAGCCAUAAUCUAACAAAUAAGAUCCAGUUCAAAACUCUGGUAUUAGGAUGGGUAUUGCCAUGUAUCUUGUAAAAUAAGCUUCUAUUCUUAUCUGUGCAAUAUAUUUUAUUUAUUGUCAUUUAUAAUAUAAAUGAAGCUGCAAGUGUACAUGGUAUUCUUCAAAAAAAUAGGCUCUCUGCCUUGAUGGCAUUAAACUCUGAAGGCAUUAAACUCUCGUGUUAGAAGUAAAAAAAAUAAGCAUUAAAGUUAGUAACCAAAAUUACUAGUUCACUGUAUAAUUUUAAAAAUACUGAUGAUGUUUGCACAUAAUAAUUCAAGCAUAAUGUGGUACAGUCUCAAAACUGUAAUAAUAUAAGCUAAUAAUAGGAAAUUUGGAAACGGGUUCCUCAUAAGAGUUGGCAGCGUUCUCCUAGCAAUUGCAAGCAGCACUAAUCUGUUGCUUAUAUGCAAAAGAUGCAAUGUAUUAUAAUGGUAUGAAAGUUCUGCCACAUUUUAUAAUUUUCCUUGUUAAAGCCCCAACCUGCCAUGUCCCUUACCUUGAGUCAAACACAGGCUUAUUUGCACUAAAGAGCAUGGCCAAAAAAAAAAAAAAAAAAAGUGACAGGGUGGAAAAGUUAGUUGGAACCUCUUGAAAGAAUUGGUUCUAAUGGGAGAAUUUCACAUUUGUCUAUUUGAAAGCUAUAUGGUCCAGGCAGACAUUCUGUCAGUUCACUAAUUUAAUAAUGCACUUUACCUUUUGUAUAUAACAGAUGUAUAUUUAUGCCACUUGACAGGUGGAAUGUGUCUUAGUAACUAUGUAGUUAGAAUCUGUAAGGUGAUCUCUUUGCAUGCGUAUGUUUGUGUUGAAACUGUUGAGUAACAGGUUUCCGUUAAAUUGGUUUAAUGGAGAAGGUAGAAGAUGCUUUUGAAACAAAGCCCAAUAUACUUAACAAUGAAUUUUAGAGUUCAUAUGUGUAUUCUUAAAGGACUAGAAUCAAUAAAAACCUAUUUCUAGCCCAGAUUAGCAUUACAGUUGAGACUAUAUGUAGUUGAGAUUCCCCAUAAUACCCUGAAAGUUAAAAUUCUAAGAACUUGUGCAGGCAAAAAAUUUUAAUGGUUCUAUUACAUUGUUGAUGUGUAUUUGGGUAAUAAUGAAAAGACAGUACAUGACACUGUACUGGAAUUUAAAAUGUGCUUAGCUGAUGUAGCAUUAUUAAGAAAACAAGGACUAAAGAGUUUCAAGUUAAGAAAAUGCUUAAGAACAGGUGCUAAAAUAAGUUUAUUAUUUCAAAAUUUGCAGAAGUACUGACCUUCACCAACUAAAAAAGGGUAUUGGGGGAUUUAGUGUAUCCUUCUAUCCUAAAAACUUCCUAGGAUGUACAUUUGAAAGCUAGAUAAUUGUUGCUUAAUAAUAGGCUGUAUGUACUUCCCUAAAAAACACUGUGUACUAACAAUCAUCAAGAGUGUGCUAUAUUUACUGCAUUCAUUUUAUAUAUAUGGAUAAGAAUACAUUAUAUAUAGUCACCCUAUCUUAAUAUCAUGUA